AUAAGCCCCAAGAGACUCAAAGUAAAGGAAUCACAAAGGAGCCACACUGCAAGGAAUUACCAAAGAAGACAUUGAAAUUUGGAUCGUCACAGGGAGCAUAACAACACCGAUGCCUGGCUGUCAACGCAAGCUUGGAAUGCAUAGAUUUCCUCUCUCAGAGGACCCUCUCAGCCAAGAGGACCACAUCAACCCUGAAGUUGAGCAGUGAUGUUGGCAAUGCAGCGUGACAACAGUUCAGGCUUCUUUGCCUCCUCGCCCCCAUCGACCCACGGAGUCAUGGUGAAGGAGCCAGAAGUGGGAUCCGUGUUCAAUAAUACCACCGGACCGACAAACAGUCCCACGAUACCUGGCAUCACGAUGACUCUUGGAAUCAUCUUCAAUGUGGUGGCGCUCCUCAUUCUCGCCAAUGCCUACAAACGAUUCCGCCGGAGGUCAAAGGCUACGUUUCUGUUCUUGGCCAGCUGUCUGGUUUCGACUGAUCUAGCAGGACAUGUGAUCCCUGGAGCCCUGGUGCUCAGAAGAUACUCAGCAGGGGCUGCGACCUCGGAUGGCCCUCCCUCCAGCUCACGAGGCGAUCUCAAUAGUAAUCCAGAUGGCUCCUGUUUGUUUUUGGGCGGUUGCAUGGUGUUUUUUGGUUUGUGUCCCCUCUUCCUGGGAUGUGCCAUGGCGGCGGAGCGCUGCCUGGGCGUCUCCAGACCUUUGCUACACGCUCGUCUUGUCACCACGGCAAGGACAAAGAUGGCACUAGCCCUCAUCUGGCUACUGGCAUUAUGUGUGGCCCUGCUGCCAUUUUUUGGAUUAGGAGCGUACACUUACCAGUACCCUGGCACCUGGUGCUUUAUCAGGGUGAUGGAAGGUACCAGAGCCACGGACCUGGCCUUUGUGACACUCUUUUCUGGACUGGCAUUGAGCUCACUGUCCGUGGCCUUCGUGUGUAACACCAUCAGUGGGAUCACGUUGGUGAGAGCUCGACUAAAGAAGAAGUCUAGCUCCCAACGUGUCUCGGCCAGGUCUCACGACACUGAGAUGGUGGUCCAGCUGGUCGGCAUCAUGGUCGCCUCAUGCAUCUGCUGGAGCCCUCUGCUGGUCUUUGGACUGAUGUCAGCCACCCUGUCCUAUAGGGGCUCCCUAUACCCUAACAUAGACACCUACAGAGCCUUAAUGGUGACCGGUGUCAGGAUGGCGACCUGCAAUCAGAUCCUGGACCCAUGGGUCUACAUCCUGCUGCGGCGUGCCAUCCUGCGUAAAAUUUACAGCAUCACUAAAAGGCAGGCCAGUUUGAGGGGAAGUAUGAUUCGCUCUUUCCGCUGGGAGGUCAGCUCCCUUCAGACCUCGGAGAAACACAAUGUGAAGAUUUAAGGGACGGCACACGCCAUCUGGUCAGAACUCUGCAUUCUAAAUGACAAGAUGACGGGAAGAGGAGCCAUCUUCUCUCGUGUGUUACUAUUUGAUGGGAUUCUGAAUGACCAAGAGUAAAAGUGUGCAAGCCCACAUUAGACUAAAAAGUGGGAAAGACACUCAUCCGUUGUGAACUGAUUGUAGUUUAUAGUGCAAAUGCAAAUUGUACACCACAUGUUUGCAUGAAAGCAUGUCCUCUAUGAGAACAAAAGCAAAUUCAAAAGUUUAUUUGUUGAAGGAGACCUAAUGUGGCCAGUAUGUCAUCACAUAGUAUGUGAAGUUAUAUGUGUUUUGCCGUGUGACGGAGUACAAAAGUAGAAGAGUCAAUGACUUGUGUAAAUGCUCGCAUGGAGAGCAAACCUCCUCUUAUUUAAGCUCAUCUUGAUGAUGUGAAAAACCGCCCGAGGGUCUGGUGUACUACGGUGGCAUGAAUGUGAUUGUGCUUCUAUUGUGGAAAUCUG